AUGACGGUGAAAAUGGAAACUCCCAGACCACAGAAAACUCCUGGACCACUGGUUCUUAAACUUUGCUGUCUGGCCUGUAAGAGAGCCAACGGUGUUUCUAAUUUGCCAUGUAAAGAAGACCAGCAGAUUGCAGAAGAGCCAGUCAGGAGCACCUGGUUUCCAUCCCUGAAAUAUGGAAAAAAUACAGUCAAAAACAAUAUAGACCUCUGCAAGCUGGCAGUCAACACGGUGCCCUUCCCACUUUUCCACUUCUUCAUGCCUGGCUUGACCAGCCAUGGAAGCCAGCAGUAUCAGGCCGUCACUGUACCCGAACUCAGCCAGCAGGUCUUUCAUGUCAAGAACAGGCUGACUGCCUGUGACCCCAGCCAUGGCCAUUACCUCACCACGGCUGCUGUCUUUCAUGGGCAGAUGUCCAUGAAGGAGGUAGAUGAGCAGAUGCUCAAUGCACAAAGCAAGAAUAGCAGCUAUAUCAUGGAAUGGAUCCCCAACAACGUCAAGACAGCUGUCUGCAAUAUCCCACCCCAUGGCCUCAAGAUGGCAGUCACCUUCACUGGAAAUAGCACAUCCUUGCAGGAGCUCUUCAGACACAUCUCAGAGCAGUCCGGGGCCACAUUCUGGCGCUGGUACACAGAUGAGGGCACGGAUGAGAUGGAAUUCACUGAAGCUGAGAACAACAUGAACAACCUUGUUUUCGAGUACCAGCAGUCAGAUGCCACAGCAGCGGAAGAGGAGGAUUAA